GUGUCUUAUUAUUAUUAGCUGUUUGGAAACAUCUAUAGUGUGCUGGAAGGACAAUCUUUGAGGUUCUGGACGGUUCUCGGUUCUACCCGGGUUCCUCUCGGUUCUACCCCGGUUCCUCUCUGUGGGCCUCGGUUCCUCUCUGUGGGCCUCGGUUCCUCUCGGUUCUACCCCGGUUCCUCUCGGUUCCACCCCAGUUCCUCUAAGUGGACCCGGGUUCCACCCCGGUUCCUCUCGGUUCCUCUCGGUUCCUUUCGGUUCCACCCCGGUUCCUCUCUGUGGACCCCGGUUCCUCUCAAUUCCACCCGGGUUCCUCUCUGUUCUACCCCGGUUCCUCUCAGUGGACCCGGGUUCCUCUCGGUUCUACCCCGGUUCCUCUCUGUUCUACCCCGGUUCCUCUCGGUUCUACCCCGGUUCCUCUCUGUGGACCCCGGUUCCUCUCAGUGGACCCCGGUUCCUCUCAGUGGACCCCGGUUCCUCUCUGUGGACCCCGGGCGUCCCCUCCUCUCACAGCCGGAGGUCGCACGUGCUGCUGGGCGUGAGCUUCCUCUGGGCUCCGUCUAAUAACUGUCACACUCUGAGCACUCCGCCUGUGCCGCUCACUACAGACCUCAUCGAACAGUACCGACACCAGGACGGUUUGAAUCGUGAUAUACGACAUGAGCUACCGCCGACAUGACGUGGCUGCUGUUGUUGUGACGUCAGCCCGCCUGCUAACGGCGGUCAGGUGACCUGGUUUCAGGAAGUAGCCGGGCCGUCAAGCUAGCCUCCGAUGCUAACGUUAGCAUUGGAUCCUGCAGUGUUUCUGUUCACGACACCAGAACUUCCGUUCACUCUAACGGAACCGCGGCAGUUUCUGUCGUUAGCUGGCCGGUGAACGAACCGAGCUGUCACUCGGUGCUCGGUCUGAUCGGUACCAGAGGACGUCACACUGUCCGUCUGUAAACGAGAUGUUUAGAAGCAGCAGCUGCUCAAAGAACAUGAGGAACAUGAGGAACAUGAGGAACAUGAAGAACAUGAGGAACAUGAGGAACAUGAGGAACAUGAAGAACAUGAAGAACAUGAAGAACAUGAACACACACACCGAGCUGCCUGCAGACUGCUAAUGUUGCUGUGACGUGUUAAACUACAUAAAUAUCUCGUGUUGUUGUACAGACGGUGUGCUCGUGUUGUUGAGCUACAGACGGUGUGCUCGUGUUGUUGUACAGACGGUGUGCUCGUGUUGUUGUACAGACGGUGUGCUCGUGUUGUUGUACAGACGGUGUGCUCGGUCAGGUUAGCACCGCUCGGGCUGGGUUCGGUCUCUGACAGCGAGCCGCCGCGCUGGGCCUAUCCGCUCCGGUCACACACUGAGCGGCUCCGCGGAGCCUGAAGGAAAGAGCUCCACGUCAGGAGAACCAUCCACCGACCAGACGGACACCUGCUCGCCCGCCUGCCUCUCUUCUCUCUCUUUCUGACUCGGAGCAGCGGAUCAUGUCACCGGGACUCUUUCAGAUCUCUAUGCCGCCCAGAGCGCACUGAAGUCGGCUGAAAGGACAGAGGAAGGGUCGCUGUGAAUCCUGGAUGUAUUGAUUUGAUGAUGGAUUCAGGGUCUUGUGUCUCACCUUGGGAGAUGAGUAUGAGAGUUCAGCCGAUUACUGACCUCUGACCCCUGACCUCUGGGAGACACCUCUGGGGAGAAGCGACGGCGUGUUGAAAGAUGGAUGGACGAGAAGAAGAGGCCGAAAGCCUGUCUGAACUUGGGAGAGCCUCACUGAGGGGAGGAGGAGGAGGCAGACAAAAUGGCCUCAUCAACACCCACAGGUUGGGGGCGGAGCCUCUGCUGAUGGUGUAUUCAGCUUCUCAAUAUCAGGGUCAUGUGGUGGUGAAUGCCCCCCCCCAGCAGGACAGGAGCAAUGGAGAAGGUGGAGGUCAUCCUCAGCUCCUGAACCCAAGCACUCUGCUCUCCCACCAGGUAAUAUCAGACCCCCGUCUCCGGCCACCCCCAGGUCUUCUCCUGUGCCCAGAAAGGGUGGUGCAAGCGUGGGGUGAGGCUGGAGGAGGGGACUGCUGUGAGACCACCUUCAUUGAGGGGCUCGGUCUGGACACCUCCUCCUGCUACUCCUCAUUAGCGGCUGGUGGCUCCUCCUCCACAAAGGAGGCGCUAAAGUUUGCUGACAGAAGGUUUGUGGACUUUUCUGGAGAGGACGCAAAAAUUCAGACGCUGUCGUACGACAUUGACAAUGAUGACGACUUCCAGGAACUCGAGAGUGAUUACUCCAGCGAAUCAGAGAGCGAGGACACCUUCCUAUUGAUGCCUCCCAGAGAUCACCUGGGCCUCAGCGUCUUCUCUAUGCUCUGCUGCUUUUGGCCGCUUGGCAUCGCCGCCUUCUACCUGUCGCAUAAGACCAAUAAGGCGGUGUCUAAAGGAGACUUCCACCUGGCAAGCUCCAGUUCAAGGCGGGCUCUCUUCCUGGCUGUGCUGUCAAUCACCAUUGGGACAGGUAUCUAUGUGGGUGUGGCCGUGGCGCUCAUUGCCUACCUCUCCAAGAACCACCACUGGUAAACUGGCUGGGAGAGAUAUUACAUAU